AAAGUCAUAUAUAAAAUGUUUGAUGUUUCCAAAUACAUUUAAGCAUUUAUUUUAGAUAAGUAGAGCGACAGGCAGGUUGGUGAAACAUGAUUUAAGUUGGUAUCUUCCACUACCUGCAGAUAAACGUUUUUACAUAAUGAUACUUCCUCCACUGAGAGCACCUCCGACUGUCAACUGCUAACAAAUCUCCAACAAAAAAAGGACAAAAUGUCACUUGACAAAAGGUGGAGGAGAGCCCUGAUCUCCAUCCUGGAGCAUCUGACUGACUCAGAUUUGAGCAAAAUGCUGUACAAUCUGGACAACAUCCCUCAAGGACUGAAGACUACCAAAGCCAAAGAAGAAAUCCCUUUUUUAAUGGAAAAGUACUACGGGACAGAAAAGUCCAUCUCUGAAAUAGAUAGAAUAAUGAAGAUAAUACCAAGAAAUGACGCUGACGUCCAGAACCUGCUGCGCCCCUUUGUGGAGAAACUAAAGGAACAACGGCAGGAAGGAAAAGGGAAGAUGAGCGAACUUGCAGCUGACUCAGGAUCAGUUGCCAAUAAGUGGGAAACAGCCCUGAGCUCCAUCCUGGAGGAGCUGACUGACCAACAGUUCGCUAAGAUGCUGUUCUAUCUAGACGAAAUCCCUCAAGGACUGAAGAAGGACAAGGCCAGAGAAGAAAUCCCGGAUUUAAUUGUCCAGCAGUACGGGCCAGAAGGGUCCAUCUCUGAAAUAGAUGAAAUAAUGAAAGCGAUACCGAGGAAUGACCCUAAAGUCCAGAACCUGCUGCGCCCCUUUGUGGAGAAACUGAAGGAACAGCGCCAGGAAGAAAAAGGUCCAAGUGGGGCAACUCAACAGAGGAAUGUCCCAGCAGAGGACAAUGUCCCAGCAGAGAAAAAGCUGUUAAAAGUUCGGGCAGAGUUUAUAGAAAGAGUGUCUGAUCCUGUUCUGAACCAGCUUCUGGAUAACCUCCUGGAGCAUGGUUUUAUAAAUGAUCAGGAAAUGCAGUCAGUCACAACAAAAAAGAGCAGAGCAGAUAAAGCACGAGAAGUGAUCGACACGGUGCGAAAAAAGGGAACUAAAGCCAGCUCACUUCUGAUCAAUACUCUCUGUAAAGUGGAUAAACCCGUUGCAGAAGUGCUGAAAUUAAUCUGAAGCUAAAGCAAGAAACUGUGGAGUGUGAUGAUGAAUCUCUCUAAUAACUGAUUGUUACACAUUAACUAUUGUCCUCUUUGGAUUAGAAUCAGUUUAAGCCUGUUUUAUUAAGUAAACAUUGACUAUGAAAGUGAUUCAAAGGGAGAAGAAGACAUGUUGUUCUUUGUUUGAGCCAAUAGAUGGAGGCAGAACAUCACAGAUGGACAGACAAGAUGCACACGUGAAAUUAGAAGAAACAACUGAGAAAAAUAUGUCUCGGUGCAGAUUAUACUCCUGAUGUUUUAAGAGAUACUGGUUGGUCUUUUCUUAAACAUUUUUUAUAUUCUUUUACAUUUUUGCAGCCUCUGAUGUAAUCGUUACUUUAGAAAAAUAAAAAGAGAAACAAAUACCGCUUAA